AGAAUUCAAAAGGAACUUGCAGAAAUAAGUCUUGACCCACCUUGCAACCUGAGCGCAGGGCCGAAAGGAGAUAAUCUAUAUGAAUGGGUUUCAACGAUCAUGGGCCCAGCUGGUUCCCCUUAUGCAGGAGGUGUCUUUUUUUUAGAUAUAUUUUUCCCUCCAGAUUAUCCAUUUAAACCUCCCAAGGUGGUUUAUCGAACUCGCAUAUACCAUUGUAACAUUAAUAGCCAGGGCCAGAUUUGUUUGGAUAUCCUAAAAGACAACUGGAGUCCCGCUUUGACAAUAUCAAAAGUACUCUUGUCUAUUUGCUCACUCUUGACAGAUUGUAAUCCAAUGGAUCCAUUGGUUGGAAGUAUUGCUCAACAAUAUGUGAAGGAUCGAGAAGAGCACGAUAGAAUAGCAAGAGAAUGGACGCGAAGGCAAGUCCGUUUGAAAUCAAUAUCAACCAUGUGUUUUUUCGCCUUCCAUCAUGACUAUUUUUGA